AUGGGGGUGUUCUCACGGCCAGACAGAUGUCUCCACCCUGUCACCCCUACCGGCUCCCAAAUCAGGGGUUAUGAGAUCCAGGGGUACCUUCAGACACGCAACAAGGAACAGCUCUCCUACACCCCAACUCACCCCAUAGACACCCCAAAUACACCUUUCUCCCCACCUCUUCACCCCCUCACCCCAUCAGCGCCCCCCACACGCCCCUAUGAACGUCCCAACUCACAGUACUCAAGACCCGCUGUGUGUCUGGUCCCCAAUGUACCUCUUCUGACCCCCAACCUGCCCUACCACUCGCUGCAUCCUGUUGUCUGUGGCCUGAAGGUUCGCAAGGCACUCCCCUCAAGGACACCAGACUCUCGACACAGGAUGAGAAACAGUAUGGAGUCCUUUAGCCCCCCCCCCACCACACCACACGUCUCUUGGCUCACCACCCCACCCCUCUCCUCGCCCCCUAGUCGCUCUCCCCAUCCCUGCCCGUAG